UAUAUAAUAUACUUUAAAAAAAUAAAAAACCGAAAAACAGAAAACACAUAGAUGCCAAACGAUCCUUUAAACUUCCAUUAGGAUUUGGCAUUCGAAAAAUGCUGGAAGACUGGGAAUUUUUCUCUCAAACGAUCCUCCAUUUUCGCUCCUCCAUCACACUCCAUUGUGAUCUCCUCUCCUAUAGGAGCCCAAAAAUGCGACGAUAAUUCGCAGAUUAAAUUUCCAUCAUUCUCUUUCCUCCUUUGCUCUGAGCAAUCAUGGCGCUUUCUCUCAUGAGAGGUCAAUCCGUCUUCAUUAGCGACAUUCGUAAUUGUCAGAAUAAAGAUCAAGAACGUCUUACGAUUGAUAAGAAGCUCGGCAUUAUUCGUAAGUGUAGCCGCGAUUCUUAUGCUUUUCGUUUAAGCACACGCUGCCAAGCCAGGUUUCCAUUAGCAAAGACUUUCUGUCAAAACUCUCCACUAGGAAAAGAGUCACCAUUGUCCAACAGAUGUGAAUAUGUUGACCUCCACAAUGUGCUUGUACAUUAUAGUGAGGCGUUGGCGUUGCAGAAGGCCAUUGUUAAAGAAAAAAAAUAUUUGAUUGAGAGGAACGAAGAGUGCCCUGAUACUCUAAUUAUGCUGCAACAUCCUCCUGUGUAUACUCUGGGCACUGGUAGCUCUGAGGAGUUCUUGAAUUUUAAUAUGGAACGUUCCCCUUAUGAUGUGAUUAGGACUGAACGUGGUGGUGAAGUUACCUAUCAUGGUCCUGGACAGUUGGUUAUGUACCCUAUUAUCAAUCUUCGGAAUCACAAGAAGGAUCUACAUUGGUACCUAAGGGCUCUUGAGGAGGUGGUGAUUCGUGCUCUUUCCUCAACUUUUUCAAUUGAGGCUUCUCGACUCAAGGGCUUAACAGGUGUUUGGGUUGGAAACCAGAAGCUGUCAGCGAUUGGGAUACGGGUAUCUCAAUGGAUAGCAUACCAUGGACUAGCACUGAAUGUUUCUGUAGACCUGACACCCUUCCAACAGAUUGUACCUUGUGGAAUACGAGACCGUGAAGUUGGAAGCAUCAAGCAACUACUUGGAGAAGUCCAAGCAUCCCAGUAUAAAUCAAACGUGGAUCAACUCGGUACUGAUGAUUCUGUACUAAUUGACAUGGCCCAGAAAUCACUGGUUCAGGAAUUUUCUGAGGUUUUCCAAGUUAAACUUGAGCAAGUAUCCUGGCCAACAUCAUAUCUUUGGAAAAAAGAAAAUCCUUCGACUUAUGUGUGAGGGUGCAGUACUAAUUGGUCUAUCAGAAGAAUUUUUCCAUUAUGUCCUCAAAAGUCACAAAUUCAGUAUCAGGAAUGCACAAAAGGAUCUGGCAGUAAGCGCUCCUAUUUAUGUAGUAAUGUGAUAUUGGCAUUCAGCAUUAAGCAAAGCAAAAGCUUGUUACAGGGAUAGGGUUUUGUAGGAUAAACAAUCAGGCUGAUAUACUAGCAAGCUUUCUCACACUUUUUAAAUUUUUUUUUUUUUUUUAAUUUAUAAUUUAUUUAUAUAUUUAUUUAUUUAUUAUUUUUUUCUGGGUAGGGGGUUGUAAAAUAACUUGAACAAUUUACACCAGACAUUGCUGUAAAGAGAGAUUUCACUAAACUAGAUGUACUGUUAUUUUCCUCCAUACUUUAUACUCGAGCUAGUUGAGUAUUUGACUGAUCCCUACCAAGUUUAUAAGUAAGCAAUUCAACCUUGGUUGUAUGUGUUGCUACCUGUUCCCAGGAAAAAUA